GCCCUGUGUUGGUAGGGAGACUCUGGACUUAAGAGUACCCCAAAGUCCAUCCCUAACCAGGCUGAUGAAGAUUUCCGUGGAGGAGCUCGGGGGCCCGCCCAGAAGGAGGGAGAAUUUCUACCUGCAGAUCGAGCCUGCUGCACGCCGAUGGACGCCCUGGGACCCAGGAGCCGGCAGGGAAGGGACAAGUAGGGAAGCAUCAGCAGGAGGGGUUGUCUUGGGAUCCAGCCAGUGCAGUGUGCUUACCCAGGGGGCAUUGUGCCCAGGCCCCAGGCCAGGAAGAAUUCUUUCUCCAGGCCAAAAACUUACCUGGGGUUCUGGCAGGGCACAGGGGAUAUAUGAGGAGCAACCAUCUGGACGGACUAGUCCUCCUCCUUCCCGGUGGUACGAGCUGGCAGAUAUCUGGGGAUGCAACCAACCACAGAGCUGCUCUUCCCAGGGACCGGUUGGGGAGGCAUUCUCGCCCGCAGAGGGCCGCAGCGGGGACUGAGGCAGCAGCGGUCGCAACAAGGCGGUGGAAACGGGGUGCAGAGUCACACGCUACAGAGGAAAGAAGGAAGACUAGGUCUUCGGUAAGUAUCGGGACUCUGUCACCGGGGAUGUCUCGUCGACGAGCUUGGAAAGGAUCACCUGACCUUUGACCUUUGGCAGUUUGGUGAGCAGCCAACCAGUUGAGGGGCACAGACAAAGAAACUAUGGACAUCGAAGACUACUUCUCCCGAAUCGGCUACAAGGGUCUCCGAGGGAAACCGGACAUGGAGACGUUAACGGCAAUCUUACAGCUCCAGAUCCGAGCCGUCCCCUUUGAGAACCUGAGCAUCCACUGCGGAGAAGCCAUAGAGCUGAACCUCGAGGCCAUUUAUCACAAGAUAGUGAGGAAGAACCGGGGCGGGUGGUGCAUGGAGCUCAACCAGCUUCUGUUUUGGGCUCUGACCACCAUAGGCUAUGAAGUCGCCAUGCUGGCGGCGAAGGUGUACAGUGUCCCAGAAGAGAGGUACUGUGAGAAAGCAUCUCAUCUCCUGCUCCUGGUGACGGUUGAAGGUAAAGCCUACAUAGUAGAUAGCGGGUUUGGAAUUGCCUUUUACCAAAUGUGGCAGCCGAUAGAGCUGGUUUCUGGAAAGGACCAGCCCCAAUCUCCCGGCAUCUUCCGUCUGACGGAAGAUAAUGGGACUUGGCACUUUGGUAAAGUAAACAGGAAAUCAUCCUCCACAAGACAAAUGCUUUCUAUUCUGGGGAAGAGAGAUUACAGAAAAAUCUACUCAUUCACCCUCGAGCCUCACACCAUAGAAGACUUCUGUUAUGUGAACAAAUAUCUUCAGACCGCUCCAGAAUCUGUAUUUACCCAAAAUUCCAUCUGUUGCCUCCGGACCUUGGAGGGGUCGAGCACUUUAAUUGGCUGGACCCUAAUCACGGUGACAUUCGAUUAUAAGGAUGACACAGACCUGAUGACAUCCAUGACUGUGAAAGAUGAAGACAUAGGGAAGAUUCUGAGGGAAAAAUUCAAUAUAGUUUUGGAGAGAAAGUUCGUACCGUGUUCUUCCAAGGCCAUGACAUUUUCAGAUUAGGCGAAAGGUACAUUUAAACUGGGAACCUGGUCAAAAUCUAGUUUCAAUAAAUACCACUGAUUGAUUGAUUGAUAUUCAUAAUCA